UGUGUGCGUGCGUGCGUGCGUGCGUGUGCGUGUGUGCGUGUGUGUGUAUUUGUCUCCUGGGAACACAUUGGAAUUCUGACCUUUGAAAAAAGCAGCCCGUCUCCCUCCCUUCUCCACCUCCUCCCUCUUUUUCUCUCUCUUCAUUACAUCAGGUCUGACUAAUAAACAACACACUGUUUGGAGAGACCGCUCCCUUACUGUCACUGAAAAAACAUUGGUAUCCAUUGACAUGAAUGUGGGCUUGAGUUUGUGUGGGACAGAGAGUAGCAGUCCUCCCUGUAGCUCUGAGAUUGGAUCGAGAGAUGCCCUUAUUUGAACUAAUUUUCUCUCCUCUCCUCUUUGCACACACAAACUGUACACACAAAGUGUCUCUCACAUACCCUUCACUAUGGCUGCAAGUCAUUUAAACCGCUUUUGAACCUGAUGUUCCUGGUUCAGGAACACCAGGUUCAUAAGGGGGAGACGCAGGCCAGAGCUGCCGCUUUCAAGGAGCAGGACUCUAAUCCGGACGCUUAUAAAUAAUCCCGCUAUGCCCUCAGACAAACCAUCAAUCAGACAAAGUGUCAAUACAGGACUAAGAUUGAAUCCUACUACACCUGCUCUGACGCUCGUCGGAUGUGGCAGGGCUUGCAAACUAUUACGGACUACAAAGGGAAACCCAGCCACGAGCUGCCCAGUGACGCGAGCAUCAGCUGUUCCGGACGACUGUGUGAUCACGCUCUCCGUAGCCGAUGUGAGCAAGACAUUUUAACAAGUCAACAUUCACAAGGUCGCGGGGGUAGGCGGAUUACCAGGACAUGUACUCAGAGCAUGCGCUAACCAACUGGCAAGUUUCUUCACUGAUAUUUUCAACCUCUCCCUGAAUGAGUCUGUAGUACCUACAUGUUUCAAGCAGACCACCAUAGUCCCUGUGCCCAAGAAUGCGAAGGUAACCUGCCUAAAUGACUACCACCCGUAGCACUUACAGUGCCUUGCGAAAGUAUUCGGCCCCCUUGAACUUUGCGACCUUUUGCCACAUUUCAGGCUUCAAACAUAAAGAUAUAAAACUGUAUUUUUUUGUGAAGAAUCAACAACAAGUGGGGCACAAUCAUGAAGUGGAAUGACAUUUAUUGGAUAUUUCAAACUUUUUUAACAAAUCAAAAACUGAAGAAUUGGGCGUGCAAAAUGCGUCUCUCACAUGGGUAGGCAGACCAUUCCAUAAAAAUGGAGCUCUAUAGGAGAAAGCCCUGCCUCCAGCAUUUUGCUUAGAAAUUCUAAGGACAAUUAGGAGGCCUGCGUCUUGUGACCGUAGCGUACGUGUAGGUAUGUAUGGCAGGACCAAAUCAGAGAGAUAGGUAGGAGCAAGCCCAUGUGAUACAUUGUAGAUUAGCAGUAAAACCUUGAAAUCAGCCCUUGCCUUAACAGGAAGCCAGUGUAGGGAGGCUAGCACUGGAGUAAUAUGAUCAAAUUGUUUGGUUCUAGUCAGGAUUCUAGCAGCCGUAUUUAGCACUAACUGAAGUUUAUUUAGUGCUUUAUCUGGUAGCCGGAAAGUAGAGCAUUGCAGUAGUCUAACCUAGAAGUAACAAAAGCAUGGAUACAUUUUUCUGGUCAGAAAGUUUCUGAUUUUUGCAAUGUUACGUAGAUGGAAAAAAGCUGUCCUUGAAACAGUCUUGAUAUGUUCGUAAAAGAGAGAUCAGGGUCCAGAGUAACGCCGAGGUCCUUCACAGUUUUAUUUGAGACGACUGUACAACCAUUAAGAUUAAUUGUCAGAUUCAACAGAAGAUCUCUUUGUUUCUUGGGACCUAGAACAAGCAUCUCUGUUUUGUCCGAAUUUAAAAGUAGAAAGUUUGCAGCCAUCCACUUCCUUAUGUCUGAAACACAGACUUCUUGCGAUGGCAAUUUUGGGGCUUCACCAUGUUUCAUUGAAAUGUGCAGCUGUGUGUCAUCCGCAUAGCAGUGAAAGUUAACAUUAUGUUUUCGAAUGACAUCCACAAGAGGUCUAAUAUAUAGUGAAAACAAUAGUGGUGAAUUUGUCAGAGGACAUACCAUUCACAGAGACAAACUGCUAUCUUUCCGACAGAUAAAAUCUAAACCAGGCCAGAACUUGUCCGUGUAGACCAAUUUGGGUUUCCUAUCUCUCCAAAAGAAUGUGGUGAUCGAUGGUAUCAAAAGCAGCACUAAGGUCUAGGAGCACGAGGACAGAUGCAGAGCCUCGGGCUGAUGCCAUUAAAAGCAACAUGGCCAGUGCCCUGGCCAAUGCGAUUUGUGAGCGCUGUAAGAGUGGCUUUGCCCCGGCUGAGAAGAUCGUCAACAGCAACGGGGAGCUGUACCAUGAGGGGUGCUUCGUCUGUGCUCAGUGCUUCCAACAGUUCCCCGAAGGUCUCUUCUAUGAGUUUGAGGGCAGGAAGUACUGCGAGCAUGACUUCCAGAUGCUGUUUGCUCCCUGCUGCCACCAGUGUGGGGAGUUUAUCAUUGGUCGUGUGAUCAAGGCGAUGAACAACAGCUGGCACCCUGACUGUUUCUGCUGUGACCUCUGCCAGGCCGUGCUUGCUGACGUGGGCUUCGUCAAAAACGCCGGCAGACACCUGUGUCGUCCGUGUCAUAACCGUGAGAAGGCCCGUGGUCUGGGGAAGUACAUCUGUCAGAAGUGCCACGCCAUCAUCGAGGAGCAGCCGCUGCUGUUCAAGAACGACCCCUACCAUCCGGACCACUUCAACUGCAACAACUGCGGUAAGGAACUGACGGCUGAUGCCCGGGAGCUGAAGGGAGAGCUGUACUGCCUGCCCUGCCAUGACAAGAUGGGCGUUCCCAUAUGUGGAGCCUGCAGGAGACCCAUCGAGGGCCGCGUGGUCAAUGCCAUGGGCAAGCAGUGGCAUGUCGAGCAUUUUGUGUGUGCUAAGUGUGAGAAGCCCUUCCUGGGCCAUCGCCACUACGAACGCAAAGGACUGGCCUACUGUGAGACUCACUACAACCAGCUCUUUGGAGAUGUCUGCUACCACUGCAACCGUGUCAUUGAGGGUGAUGUGGUAUCAGCCCUGAACAAGGCAUGGUGUGUCAACUGCUUUGCCUGUUCCACCUGCAACACCAAGCUCACCCUCAAGAAUAAGUUUGUAGACGUGGAUCUGAAGCCUGUGUGUAAGCACUGCUACGAGCGCCUGCCAGACGACAUGAAGCGACGUCUUGCCAAACGAGAAAAAGAAAAGAAGAAGAAAGUGCCCAUGUGUCUAUAAACCUCUUUCCUUCCUUUUUCCUCACUUCCACUUUCCAUUCAUUGGAACAAGUUUGUGGAGUUUGACAUGAAGCCGGUGUGUAAGAAGUGUUACGAGAAGUUUCCUCUGGAGCUCAAGAAGAGGCUCAAGAAGCUGGCAGAGACCGUGGGCCGGAAGUAGACAGACAGACAUGCUAGAACAGACAAAAGUGAUAUCAGAGUGUUUGAGCAAGCACAUGACCUUUGUUCUUGGUGUAAAUUUAGGGGUUAAAACCACUCUACCCAACCCCUCAUUGGUUGAUGAAAAUCAGAUUUGCAAUAUCCUUCCGUCCUUUCAUGCCUGGUUAAAUAGUGACAACCCAUGAGCAGAGAGAGAGAGACUACACAAGAAAGGAUCAUCCCCAAAUCAGUGCCUUUGUCUGAAUACAUAUUCAUAUUAUAUUCAUAUAUAUCCUUGAUAUCAACUUCUCAUAUAUUUCAUAAUUCUUUUAGCUUAAAAUGUCCCUUCAUAACCCAACUUGUAUAUUUAAGUAUGCAUCAAUGGUCCUGGUAUUUUGUCAGAUGAAUAAAGAGUAUUGAUAAGGUUGUUUCUGCCUUAGCCAACUACUUUAUCAAUGUCAUGCCCUACAAGUAGAAACAGACAGACACCUGGGCUAUGUUACUGAUGCUACACAUAAUCACAUUACUGUGCAGCAGAACUGGAUCGAAUAUAAAUAUAUAUAUAUAGAUAUAUGCAGUACCAGUCAAAAGUUUGGCCACAACUUUCAUUCAAAGAUGUUCCUUUAUUUUUACUAUUUUCCACAUUGUAGAAUAAUAGUGAAACAUCACAACUAUGAAAUAACACGUAUGGAGUCAUGUAGUAGCCAAAAAAGUGUUAAACAAAUGAAAAUAUAUUUCAGAUUUUAUAUUCUUCAAAGUAGCCAUCCUUUGCCUUGAUGACAGCUUUGCAUACUCUUGGCAUUCUCUCAACCAGCUUCCCCUGGAAUGAUUUUCCAACAGUCUUGAAGGAGUUCCCACCUAUGCUGAACACUUGUUGGCUGCUUUUCCUUUACUCUGCGGUCCAACUUAUCCCAAACCAUCUCAAUUGGUUUGAGGUCGGGUGAUUGUGGAGAGCAGGUCAUCUGAUGCAGCACUCAUCACUCUCCUUCUUGGUCAAAUAGCCCUUACACCGCCUGGAGGUGUGUUGGGUCAUUGUCCUGUUAAAAACAAAUGAUAGUCCCACUAAGUGCAAACAGAUGGGAUGGCGUAAAGCUGCAGAAUGCUGUGGUAGCCAUGCUGGUUAAGUAUGCCUAAAAUUCUAAAUAAAUCACUGACAGUGUCACCAGCAAAGCACCCCCACAACAUCACACUUCCUCCUCCAUGCUUCAUGGUGGUAACCACACAUGCAGAGAUCAUCCGUUCACCAACUCUGUCUCACAAAGAGAAUGGCGGUUGGAACAAAAAUACCAAAUUUGGGCUCAUCAGACCAAAGAACAUAUUUCCAUCAUUCUAAUGUCCAUUGCUCGUGUUUCUUGGCCCAAGCAAGUCUCUUCUUAUUAUUGGUGUCCUUUAGUAGUGGAUUAUUUUGCAGCAAUUCGACCAUGAAGGCCUGAUUCAUGCGGUUUCCUCUGAACAGUUGAUGUUGAGAUGUGUCUGUUACUUGAACUUUUAUUUGGGCUGCAAUUUCUGAGGCUGGUAACUCUAAUGAACUUAUCCCCAGCAGCAGAGGUGGCUCUGGGUCUUCCUUUCCUGUGGCGGUCCUCAUGAGAGCUAGUUUCAUCAUAGAGCUUGAUGGUUUUUGAAAUUUUCCGAAUUGACUGACCUUCACGUCUUAAAGUAAUGAUGGAGUGUUGUUUCUCUUUGCUUAUUUGAACUGUUCUUGCCAUAAUAUGGACUUGGUAUUUUACCAAAUAGGGCUGUCUUCUGUAUACCAUCCAUACCUUGUCACAAACCCAACUGAUUGGCUCAAAUGCAUUAAGAAGAAAAUAAAUUCCACAAAUGAACUUUUAACAAGGCAUACCUGUUAAUUAAUUGAAGUACAUUCCAGGUGACUACCUCAUGGAGCUGGUUGAGAGAAUGCCAAGAGUGUGCAAAGCUGUCAUCAAGGCAUAGGGUGUCUAAAUUUAAGAAGGAUGGAGGCCACUCUGUUCUUGGGGACCUUCAAUGCUGCAGAAAUGUUUUGGUACCCUUCCCCAGAUCUGUGCUUAGACACAAUCCCUUGGUUUUUGCUCUGACGUGCGCUGUCAACUGUGGGAACAUAUAUAGACAGGUGUGUGCCUUUCCAAAUCAUGUCCAAUCAAGUUAAUUUACCACAGGUGGACUCCAAUUUAGUUGUAGAAACAUCAAGAAUGAUUGAUGGAAACAGGAUGCCCUGAGCUCAAUUUCGAGUGUCAUAGCAAAGGGUCUGAAUACUUAUUUAAAUAAGCUAUUUCUGGGGGGUUGUAAUACAUGUGCAAACAUUUCUAAAAACCUGUUAUUGCUUUCCAUAAUGGGGUGUAGAUUGAUGAGGAAAACAUUUUUUAAAAUCCAUUUUAGAAUAAGUCUGUCACGUAAGUCUGAAUACUUUCAGAACGCACUGUAUGUAUGCAUGUAUGUAUGUAUGUAUAUACACACAUAUACAUCUAUUUCAAAUACUUGAAGAUCGCUUGAUUUGGCUUGCUUAUUAUAAUGGAACCAUUGGAAUUGUGCCAAAUUUGCAAACUCUGCCCACCCUGUAUACCAGUAAGCUAAAUCAAGAGCAUGUCAAGUACUUGAAGUAUCUGAUGUUUGAACAGUACUAUUUGACCCAGAUCGGCUGGGAAGCUUAUUGAGAAAGUAGCCUCCAUCCCAGCAGUUCAGGUCAUAUAGAAACAAGAGUCAUAUUUGUACAAGAGGAUUGUGUACAUUUUUCAGGAUGUAUUGAAAUAUUAUCUACAGAUAAUACUGAAUGAGGUGACACGUGUAUGCAUAUCUCAUGUAGAGAUGUUUGGGCAUCCAUGUCACGGGCAUCGUAAGAAGCAAGCAGACCAAGGUGCUGCCUGGUGAGCGUACAUAUUCCUCUUUAUUAGAAAUGUUGCCAACAAUACAAAACGACCGUGAAGCUUAACAGGGCUAUGAAUGCCUCUAACAAAGUUAACCACCCACACUGAAGGAGGGAAAGGGCUACCUAAGUAUGAUUCCCAAUCAGAGACAACCGAUAGACAGCUUUCCCUGAUUGAGAACCAUACCCGGCCAAAACAUAGAAAUAAAGAAACAUAGAAAACAAAACAUAGAAUGCCCACCCCACAUCACACCCUGACCUAACCAAAUAGAGAAAUAAAACAUCUCUCUAAGGUCAGGGCGUGACAGUCCACAACAUUGUACAUGGUGUUAUAUUUAUAUGAAUGUACAAUUUUCAUAUAAAUAUGUAAGGUCUGUUGUCACUGAAGGGCGUUUUUUACUGUUCACUGUCAACUGUUGGAUGACAGACGUUUUUGUGUUUUUCACAAUCAAUAUGCUCAGAAUAAACAUUAAUACACUUUUAUAUAAUAGUAAUGGAAUCAAACAAUAUCUGCCAAAAAUGUUCUUCAUACUUUACAUGUCAUGCAUUAUUUUGUCUUUUGAAAUGGAGAAAAAAAAAUUGCAGAGACAAACAAUUCUGUUGAUAUAUGGAUUUUCUUGUAACUACAAUGUCCAUUUUUCCUUUUCCUAUUGGUGCGUAUUAAAGUGGAUUUAUGAGUACGGUAA